CUCAUAUCUUCGAACGUAGACGAUCUUCGGGGGGCUAGCCGGCUAACAGCUAGCUUCCACAGACGCCAUUAGCUGGGUGAGAAGCAGCCGCUCGCAGUAGCUCGAAAAGCGGAAUAAAUCCGGAGUGAGGACUCGGUCCUCUCGCGUCUGCUGCCCGAUAAACACCGGGGCCCGGUUCUCCGAAGCUGUCGACGCGCUCUUCUCCGGGCUUCUGUCGGUUUCGGGAGAAGUCGGAAGCUGAUGUGAGCUGCGCAGGACUUCACCCCGACGGAGGCUAACGUUAGCAGCGUUAGCUCGACGCCGCUUGUUUUGAUUCACGGCGACAACACAUUAGCGCGAAUUACACUUCCAGCCAUGGCGGCCGGAGGGGCGGGCGGCAAGACCUACUCCUUCAAGGUGGUGCUGCUGGGGGAAGGCUGCGUGGGGAAGACGUCGCUGGUGCUGCGGUACUGCGAGAACAAGUUCAACGACAAACACAUCACAACUCUACAGGCGUCCUUCCUCACAAAGAAGCUCAACAUCACGGGAAAGAGAGUGAACCUCGCCAUAUGGGACACUGCAGGUCAGGAGAGAUUUCAUGCGUUAGGUCCCAUCUACUACAGAGACUCCAAUGGAGCCAUACUAGUGUACGACAUCACAGACGAAGACUCGUUUCAGAAGGUGAAGAACUGGGUGAAAGAGUUGAGGAAAAUGUUGGGGAACGAGAUUUGUUUAUGUAUAGUAGGUAAUAAAGUUGAUUUGGACAAAGACAGACAUGUUUCAGUUGAAGAGGCCGAGAGUUAUGCCGAGUCUGUCGGAGCCAAACACUACCACACAUCAGCAAAGUUAAAUAAAGGCAUCGAGGAGCUUUUCCUGGACCUUUGUAAAAGGAUGAUGGAAACGGCUCAGGCUGAGGAGAGGUUGAAGGGCAACGGAGCCAGCCAAUCAGCUUCGAGUAGGCGGGGCGUACAGAUUGUCGACGACGAACCACAGGCCACACCUGCCGGAGGCUGCUGCUCCUCUGGCUAACACACACUUUUACUUAAACACGCACAUACACACACACACACACACACACACGUUCAUCAGUGUCUCAGCUGUUCGGUCCGUCGGCUCUAAAAUCCUAAAAUAAUCUGCUGUAUUGUGCUGCUAAGGAGCAUGGGAAAUUACACUUAAUUAACUUAAUCCAGCGUGCCCUUACAGAAGAAGUCACUGCAGUCGUUAUGAUUGAAAUCUUUUAGUGACAAAAUUCUCUCAAAAUCAUAUUUUAGCACUUUAUUUACUUUAUUCUGUUCUUUGGAAAAACAGCAACGCAACAGUAUUUUAAAAACAAAGCAGCGGCCGAUAUUACAGAAAACAUCAAUUUCAUAUUUAAAGAGUUAUUAAAACAUUUGGACAUAAUCUCAGAGAGGCGUCUCAGGCUUCUGUCCCUCAAACAUGUACACACACACACACACAGACACACACACAGACACACACACUCUCU